CGGAACGGCACGUUAAAUAGUGCAAGUUGCCGCAAAGCUUUGCUCAAAUACAACUACAACUACCAUCGCAUCGACUGGCGGCCAGUGUGUGUUGGGGUCUCAGCUGCCGCUUGCCGCCUGCCGUGUCGUAGAGUCAUUUUGUUGGUUGUCGCGUUCGUGUGCGCGCACAGAAAACAGCAGCAGCAGCAGCAGCCAGCAGCAGUCGCAGUCGCAGUCGCAAUAAUAGCCACAAUAUAGUAUUCCACUGAAAUCCCCCAGUUCCGAAUCAUCUGCCGCUGCAGUUGCAAGUGGAGUGCGCCGGCCAUAACUCAGCCAAUAAUCAUACAAUAUAAUCAUAAGCAACAGCAGUUGGCUGAAUUGCAUUUUGUUAAAUCGACGAUGGCUGUGUGGAAUGCAAUUUGACGAUUAUAUAAUUGAUACGAUGUUGCCUUAAAACCAAUAAGAAUCCAACAACAAAACCAACAAAAGUUAACGCAACGUUUCUAAAACAAUAAUAACAAUAAUCCCAUAAGCACAAAAAAAACACAAAAAAAUAAACUAAAAAAAAACAAAUUUGUUAAAAAAAAUUCUAACCAAAAGUGGCCUGCAAAACGAGGAGAAAGAAGCAACAAAAGAAGCAACCAAGAAAUGUGAUUCCCAGUGUGAAAUGUAACCAAAGACGUGAACAAUUCUGUUUGAUUAUUAGCCAAAGGAAAGCCACGGCCAAAAGCAAACCUAAAACCAAACAAAGUCAAGCCAAAAGCAGAAGCAGAAGCAAAAUCAGAAGCAAAGGAAGUGGCAAAAUCCAGUAGCCAAAUGGAAAUCAAGGAAUCCUCAAGCAAAUCAAACAGCAGAUUAGCAGCAGCAGCCACUAGCGUGGCCAAUGAUUAAGGGCCGGGACUGUUAGCCGUUCCGUAGUAAUCGUAGCAGCAUCCCCCCGUCCACCCACACGCCACUCGCCACGCCACUCGCCACACGCCACGCCACACGCCACGCCACGCCGCCUUCACCGCGCUCAAUGCCCGGACAGCAGACGUUAGCGCAACAAUUAUAGAGUAGCAACAGACCAGCAGCAGCAGCAGCCGCAGCAGCAGCAGGCAGCAGCAGACAACAUUCAUCCCCAAGACACAUCCCCAGCCACACUGCCCCACAUCAUCAUGGACAUCAAGAUUGAGCAGCAGCAGCAGCAGCAACAGCAACAACAGCAGCAGCAGCAACAGCAAGUGGAGCUGGGUCCCUGCUCGCCGUCGGAGGUGCCCAAUGAUCCUGGCAAAAUGUUCAUUGGCGGCCUCAGUUGGCAGACGAGUCCAGAGAGCUUACGCGAUUACUUUGGACGCUAUGGCGAAAUCUCAGAGGCUAUGGUCAUGAAGGAUCCCACGACGCGUAGAUCCAGAGGCUUUGGCUUUGUCACAUUCAGCGAUCCAAAUAGCGUGGAUAAGGUACUCACCCAAGGCACACACGAGCUGGAUGGCAAAAAGGUCGAUCCAAAAGUAGCUUUUCCGCGACGUGCACAUCCCAAGAUGGUGACGAGAACGAAGAAAAUCUUUGUGGGCGGCCUCUCGGCACCCACCACCCUGGAGGACGUCAAGAGUUAUUUCGAACAGUUUGGUCCGAUCGAGGACGCCAUGCUGAUGUUCGAUAAGCAGACCAAUCGGCACAGAGGUUUUGGCUUCGUUACAUUUCAAAGCGAAGAUGUGGUAGACAAAGUUUGCGAAAUUCAUUUCCAUGAGAUAAACAACAAAAUGGUCGAGUGCAAGAAGGCGCAGCCAAAGGAAGUGAUGCUGCCGGCCAACCUGGCCAAGACCCGUGCGGCCGGCCGCUCUGCUUACGAUAACAUCAUGUGGGGUCUGGGGACAUUGCCCGAAGGCUUUCCGGCAGCUGCUUAUGCUGCCUAUGCCGCUGGUCGCGGAUAUUCGGGCUAUCCCUCCUUCGGACUCCCCUAUCCAACUGGCUUGACCAUUUGCGGCAUCGGUAGGAGUUACGGUGCCGCAUGUAGCGCGACACCGGGCCGCAGCAGAGCCGCCCCGGGCGGUGCCUCUGCUGUCGGUGGUAAUUCCGCGGCUGCCGCCACACACGGCCCGCCCCAGUCGGGAUAUCAUCAACAGGCGCUGGCCCUGCCACUUGCCACGGCGCUGACAGCCCGCUCGGCGGCCAUCAAAUCACAGUUUCUGGGCAACAUAAAUUUCUAAGUGUGCACAGAGCCGAGCCGAGCCGGGCCGAAACCGAAUCGAAACGAAUCGAAUCGAAAAAGUCUGACAAUGAGAGGCAGUCGUGACACAGAACAGAGAUAGCCAGAGAACAAGGCCCUGCAAAGUUUUUGAUAAACAUUUCUAUUCUCAUUGCCAUUUUUGUCUCUUCCUCCUCGGUCUCCACGACAACGACACGCUAUCCAAAUAAAUCAUUUGUACAAGUGACAAGUAGGUACAGCAAUCAAUAACAACCACAACUGCAACAGCAACUGCAACAGCAACAGCAAGUGCCACAAGUGCCACAAACAGCCAUAGCUUAGCCCCAUAUCAACGGUAAUGGUACGAGUAACAACUGAAACUGAAACUAAAACUGAAACCAAAACUAAAACUAAAACUACAACAGCAAUAACCGCAUCCAGAACACGAAGAAACGAGCCUUAAACUCGAUAGAAGCGAACGAAUGACAACUAACCCCAGAGAUUCGAAGAGAACUGCAUUGAAUAUGUGCCUUCGAAUCCAUGUAAUCCACACACACACACACACUUAGAUCUGCGGUCUGCAUAUAGCUGACACACACACACAAACACACACACACCUAUAGCUGACAACAUAUAGCCUCUCGUUCCACUUACCCCCCCUAUAUCGAACUAUUACCGAGUCAGUAUUAGCUGGAAUCCCUAAGUAGUGACUAGAGUUAUCCACGUAUCACUUACAUACAAACAUGCAUACCAUAUGUACGCCCCACUUAGAGGGCUAUUGUAUCAGCAGCUAGCACCCGUACUAAUCUCUAAUCUCUAGCCUCUAGUCUCUAGUCUCUAGCCCUAGAGCAGUUCCAUAGCCGUGAAUGCAAUGAUUGAACGUACCGUACUAUAACCGUGUAGAACCGUUUAGGCUUAGAUCUAGGCGAACAUAAUCACAUAAGCGCUAAGCGAUAAGCGAUAAGCGACAAGCAUAACCAUAUAUACGUACUAUACAAUACAAUACUAUACUAUAUAUCGCUCUAUAGACACUAGAGAACCCUAGCAGUAUCUACCUACUAUAUCUACAAUAUAAAAACGUAUACAAACUGUACUCACACACACACAUGAAUCUCUCUCUGCCAUUUGUACCCUUUGGCCUGGCCCUGGCCCUGGUUCUGGCCCUGGUUCUGGCCCAGGUUCUGGCCCUAGUCCUGGUCCUGGUCCUGGUCCUGGCCCCCAUUUGUAUUCGUACUCGGAUCGUAUACUGAUUCUACACCCACACGAACACACACAUUUAAUAUUUAUAAAACUAUUUUACCGUAGCAUUUAAAUGCAAAUUUCAUUUGUAGUCCUCCCUGUAUGUACUAUGCAUAAAUUAGUUGCUGCUUCCCACAAUUGGAACAACAACAACAACACAACACAACACAACAGCAGCAGCAACAAUUUGGAAUUUCGAAUUUCGAAUAAAAUGCACAUGGAAUAACAUUUAGAUAACGACAAAUUUUAGCAGGCCUGUCACACAUGUAGUGCCAUUAUUAUCCUUUAAUUAAUUUGCUGCAUAUUAUGUAUGAUAUUUACUCUGUUUUUUUUUUUUUUUGCGCUUUGCCUUUUUGUUUGUCUGUGUUUUUGUUUUUGCCUUUCAUUCACCCAUUUCCAUACCCAUUUUCCUGUACUGUUUUUCAGUUUUAGCUGCGGCUGCUGCUGCUGCUGCUGUUUCAGCUUCCGAUUCUGUUUCUGUUUCUGUUGUUGGUCUAUACAUAUAUGUAUUUGCAUAUGUGUAUGUGUAUAUUGGUGGUUCCCAUGUGUGUGUUUUUUUUUAGAGAUAAUUAGCAAACGUGUGCAGAGAUUUUUAGCAUAGCAAAAGUUCAUUAAUUAGUAGAUUUGUCGAUUUGUCCAUUUAUCCAUUUAUCCAUUAUCCGUUGUUGUAUUAUUCCGUUUCAUACUGUUGGCAAGAAAAAAAUACCGCAUUUGGCCCACAUAUUGUACGAAUUGAGAGCCUGUAAGAAAAUCAACUAUAAAAAUUCCUUCCUUCAUCGGUGCAUCGCUAAAAUCAGAAGAAAAAAAAACAACAAAAAUCCAAAAAAAAGUCAAAAGAAAAAGAAAGAAAUCUUUAAACACAGCAAAAAAUGAGCGAAUUUUUGGACAUUUCUUUAUAAAGUACAUAGACAUUACUAUAUAUAUAUAUAUAUAUAUAUAUAUAUACUAUAUACCUACAAUAUAUACAUGACUAUUUAUAUAUACACAUAUUUAAUAUACGAGGGUUUACAAAUUAAGCAUUCGAGUAUUCAUUUUGUACGAUUUGAUUUGUACAAUACUUAACGAUAAAUACAAUAUUAAUGUCCAUCCAUUUUCGAAGAGCAACAAAGCGAAAGAAACACAAAAAUCAAAGACAACAACAACAACCAAAAACCAAAACGAAAAACAACAACAAAUCUCUCUCUUUAAGUUGAUGAAAAAUUCAAUUUUUCAAUGGUCCUCUCCUACAUUCUACACAUGCAACAUGCAACAUGAAAACAAACCCAUUCGACGUUCGAACCUAGUUAUGGCAUACCUUAACGAAUGAUCAAUAUAUAUCUAUCUAUAAAUUGAUAAAUUGAUAAGCUGUUACUUAGUUAAUUGAAUGCAAUUAUCGCCACUUGCCACAUGGCCACAUGGCUGCCACAUUCUAGCUGCCGCAAUCAGAUGGUUGGUGUGGCCACUGCUUCGUUGGUGCUUCUUGCAACUAUUAUAAGGCGCUUUCGAGUUAUACAUAUAUAUAUUUACACACCUAUAUAGCACUCACACACACACACACUAAUACCCACACUCACUCACACACACACACACGCAUACCUAUAUGUAUUUUACACGUAUAUACUGUGAUUUAUAAGAAAACGCUUCAAACGAGAACAAGAAAAAAACGAAAAAGAAAA